AACCUUAGAGAGUGGAGCCCAAGAUCCAAGCCUGCGUGCCAGAGCACACAGCUUGAACAAUCAGGCCAUCAGUCAGCUCAGAAGGUUACAAAAUCUGGGCACCGAGGUGCAACGUUUUGUCCGUCAGGAGCGUGUACAACCUGGGCCGCCAGAUUAUGGUGCGGAAAAACAUCCACCUCCAUUUGUAGAUUUCGCAUCCGACGUGUUUUCUACUUAUGGUGUCUCUGAGGCAGCCAUGAUAACUCGCGGCGUCAUUGAACCGAUUUGUUUACUUUAA